GCGUUGAGCUUGAGCUGCGCCAUUGUUGAAAAGGGCAGCGCACGAGGCGGACGCCGGGGCUGGACGGUCCACGCUGCUUUACACUUUUCACCGACUCCAUUGCUGUGAUAUUAGAUUGUUUUAUAUCUCCCUUAUUAGAAACGAGGAAACGAAACCAGAACUACCAUGGAGGACGACCAGCAGUUCUGUCUCAGGUGGAACAACCACCAAAGUACGCUCAUACAAAACUUCGACACACUCCUUGAAAGCGGGACGCUGGUCGACUGCACACUGGCGGCGGAGGGGAAGACUCUCAAGGCCCACAAAGUUGUCCUCUCCGCGUGCAGUCCAUACUUUGAGUGCCUCCUCAGCGAACACUAUGACAAGCAUCCAGUGUUCAUACUCAAAGAUGUUAAAUUCAAAGAACUUAAGGCAAUGAUGGACUAUAUGUACAGAGGGGAAGUAAAUAUUUCCCAAGACCAACUGGCAGCACUCCUUAAAGCCGCUGAGUCUCUGCAAAUUAAGGGCCUUUCGGAAAGUAAAACUGCUGGCAGUUGUAAGACGGAGUCUAGGCCACAGAAAACCGUCUCACUACCAACAGCACCGUCGUUAGACAUUCCACACGCGUCUUCCGGUCUGACGAUAGAAAAGAACAAAGUUCCUAGGCAGAGUUUGGCGCAAAGUUCCGUAGGAGAUAUACCAGAGGAUACGGCUAGUCCUCAGGUGUCGAAAGGGCUCUCCUCGAGGGAAGGUUCACAAAGUCCAACAUCAAGAAAAAGAAAAAGGUUUCGAAGAAGAAGUUUAACCGAAGAUAGUACGAUAGAAAAUCAGGACGCAUCGAAUUCCAGCGACAUGCCUCAGCAAAUGAGUGUACCGGCGCUUGGUAUCGCGCCAGUGGCGGACGAAAAAGUACACGCAGAUCCAACAGACUCUCUCGGCAGGUCAGCUUUAAUGACGCAAUUGACGAAACCUGCCGAUGAGAUGUUACAGUUGCCACUCGAAAAACCCGAGCCAAAUGAUAAUCUCAUCGAGCCAAAGUCUGAAUACCUAGAUGACGCUGAGGAGGGUGUCGAAGACCUGACGCUGGAUGAAGAUAUGAAUGAUCUUAAUGAUAUAGAACAGGACAACAAUAGAGCUGGACCGUCCCAUGACCCCGCCCAACACCCCGGUAUGGGCUCAUGGCAUGUUACCGGUGAUCGAAGUAAUGCGGGGGGUGUUGUGGGCUCUGUGGCAACUUCCGGAGCGGGAGAUGAGGUUUUUCUCGCAGCUCAGGAGGCCGCACAGGCUCAUCGCGACUCACAAGGUGAGACGUAUAGUCCGGCUAAUUGGACGAUACCUACUUUACCAUCGACAUCGCGAAUUGCAAUGUAUACUAGACGUCUCCGUUCGAUGUCUUCAAGUCAAGGUAUAAUUAUCGGCGGAAAGGGUCCUCGUAAGUAUCUAUGCAACGAUUGCAGCCGGACGUUUGCAUUGAAGGCCUCGCUAUUGCGGCAUAAAGCGUAUGAAUGCAACAAGGGUCGUCAAUCUCAGGACGAAUACGAUAAGUCGAGGAAGUCGAAGAAAAAACACGUAUGCAUUAGGUGUAACCGUGUAUAUGCGUUUUUCACAUCACUGUGGCGACAUCAGAAAUACGAAUGUGGAGUAGAGCCAAAAUUUGUCUGUCCUAUUUGCAAAGGUCGAUUCGCUCAGAAAAGCAAUCUGGAUCGGCUCGUGUAUGGAUUUCAGAAGCCGCAAGACACAAUAAAUACGCCGUCACCACUGUUGCCGCUGACGUGUCCGCAAUGCGGGCGAACGUACAAGAUGCAGCGCAACCUGAAGACUCACAUGAAGUUUGAGUGUGGUGGCCAGAGAAACUUCCUGUGCCACUUGUGCCCAUCUAAGUAUACGCAGAAUAUUAGUCUGCGUCGUCACCUUCUACAAAAGCACAAUAUGUACAUACCACCGAAGUUCUCGGUACCUAAGCGUUUUUACGAGAGCUUCCAUCCCUCUGAAAAUCCCGCAGUCUAUGGCCAAAAAGCUCAUGUUGCACCGACGAAGAUCGCCAGAGUUAGAACGAAUGUGAGGAAUCUUGGCAACGAUGAAGAUCAGGCUCUCCAGUGUUCCGCUUGCGGGAAGAAAUACUCGUUAAAGCACAACUUAGCAAGACACGUGCGUUUUGAGUGCGGCGGUCAACGAAGAUUUUCCUGCCAUUUGUGUCCGAACAAGUACACGCAGAAUGUCAGUCUGCGUAGACAUCUGACGCAUCAUCACAACGUUGUGAUGCCCAUAAAGAAGAGAUACAACAAUCCGAGGAAGAUGUUUCUCGAAGUCCCGCCCCUUCGUCUGUCGAAAAUGUGGACGCUGCUACACAAUGCGCUGCAAUCUGCGCAGACAUACGAAUUGGGAGUGCAGUGGGAAACGCUAUUUCCCAUGCUUCUACUGCAGCAAACGUUUCACCCAAAAAACGAGCCUUGAUCGGCACUUGAGGGGAGUCCAU